AUGACAGGAGCAGGUUGUACAAUUAAUGAUCUUUGGGGUCAAAAAAUCGAUUCAAAAGUUAAUAGAACUGAAGAUAGACCAUUACCUUCUGGUUCGAUUACUAUACCUAAAGCUAUCACUUGGCUUGGAUUACAACUUAGUGUUGGUUUAGGUAUUUUACUUCAACUUAAUCCUUAUGGUAUCCUUGUAGGUAGUUGUUCACUCUUCUUGGUUGUCACUUACCCUCUUAUGAAACGUAUCAUUUAUUGGCCUCGAUUAGUACUCGGAUUUGCAUUCAACCAGGGUGCUUUACUUGGUUCAUCAGUAGUUUUAGGAGCCACGGAUUGA